AUGACCAAUAGUUUACAAAGAGAUGAUGAGUUCAAGUAUUGUUCAAUAUAUGAUGGUGCUUCAAUAACAAAUUUUAUAUUUCUGGUCUUAAUUUCAGUUGGUAUUUUAAUAAGUUAUCUACCUCAAUAUUAUCGAAUAUAUAUAAAGAAAACUUCUGAAGGUUUAUCAACUCAAUUUUUAUUAUUAGGAUCAUGUUCUUCAAUUUUCACAUUGACUAAUAUAAUAUUAGUGAGCUCAAAAGCAAGGAAAUGCUGUUCAAUCGGUGCUUUAAAUACCUUUAAUUGCAUAAAUUCUCAAUUAAAUUUAUUUCAAAUUGGUAUUCAAUGUACAUGUGCCAUAUUAAUCUUGGUUUUAGUGUUGAUAAUUACCAAAGAUUCAAUUAAACAAGAUAAACAUGAAUAUGCAAGAAUAGUAAGAGUAGGUAAACUAGUUUUAAUUCAUGGUAUAUUAUCAAUUAUUCAAAUUAUUAUUGGAUUCACAACAAAUCAAAAUAUAUUAUAUACAAUUGCUAAUACUAAUGGUUUAUUAUCUGCUGCUUUAACAGUUAUUAAAUAUGUACCACAAAUUUAUACAACUUAUAAGCUAAAACAUCCAGGUACUUUAUCAAUUGGAAUGAUGUGUAUACAAACCCCCGGUGGAUUUGUAUUUACAGCUACGUUAUAUUUUACAAAGGGUUCACAUUGGAGUAGUUGGGUUUCUUAUCUAGUUGCUGCAUUGUUGCAGGGAUCGCUAUUACUUUUAUGUAUUUAUUAUGAAUACUUUAAAGGUAAAAGAAUUAAAAACAUGGAAGAAUCGGCUGAAGAAUUAGAAAGAGAAGCAAUUGAAAGAAUUAUACAUGAGAAUGAACAAGAACAACUUGAGCAUCAAAUAGUAAAUGAUGAUACUUCUAGACCAUUAUUAAAUAAUAGGUGA